AUGGAUGCUGGUGAUUAUAAACUUUUGCAAAUUCUUUUGGGGCCAAAAUAUUGUCAGUUAUGGCAAUAUUGGGCGGCACAUUCUGUUAUCUCUUAUAAUAUGCUUUCCAUUGUAAAAGCAGGAGAUUGUAAUUUAUCCAUAAAAGUUGCCACAAAACAACAAAAGUUAUUAGAAGAGCAAAAAAAACUACUAAAUCAGAAAAGAGAGUUGCUUAGGAGCGGUAGGAAAGAAGAAGUAGAAGGAAUAAAAAAAAAUCAGGAUCUGGUAACUCAAUUGUUGGAAAUAACACGGGAUGAAGCUGAAAAAUAUAAGGACAAAAUCAAGAAAGAAAAUAAGAUUACAAAUAAUAUUUACCGUCUAUUUCAUGUCCCGAAAGAAGCAGGACUAAAUAAAUACCAAACAAACGCAGCUGAAAACAAUUGUAAUAUAUUAAGUAUAAGAAAUGAAAAUAAUACAAAUAUUUAUUCUACUUCAUAUGAAUAUGCAUUUGGCUAUAUUGCUGAAGCAUUGGAUGUAAUAGGAAAUGUUGUUAGGACAAGUGUAGUUGAUGAAUGUGAGAAGCUAAUAAAAAAAACAGAAAAAGAACUGAAUAAGGCAGCUAAUGAAUGUAUAGGUACAAUUACCAAGAUUUCAGAUAAUAUAAAUGAAGUAAAUCAAACAUUGAACGGGGAAGGUGGUAGACGUAUAGAGAAUAUAAUAAGGAUAUUGCCUGAUUGCAAAAUUGGAGGAGACGUAUCAUUAAAAGAUGGUGCACACAGUACUGUUGUUUGUGUGAGAUCUAUAACAAAAAAUGUAUCUGAAUUUUUACAGGAAAGUCAUGACAAUAUUGAUAAAUUAGAUUGUAUAGUAAAAAAAAUAGAAGAACUGGAUGCUAUAAUGAAAAAAUUGACAAAAUUUCAAGAUGAAAAAGAGGGGGCAAGGGCAUUCUUAGAAAAGGCACUAAAUAAUAUAGAAAGUAAUGUUUUUCAAAAAAUGUCAGACAAUAAAAUAAUUGGUAAACAAUUUGUCAAUAAUAUGUAUGAAAAAUUACUAAACAGGUACUUAAGGAAUUUGAAAGAGGGAAGGCAUGUACCAUCAGGUUUAUUGCGUCAAGAUGUAAAAGAACUUGGAGUAGAAAAGGUAAGAAAUUUAAUCGAAAGUUCAUUGAAUGAGCUGAGUCCAAAUCUAAUGUAUAGUAAAAUGCAUGAACUGCUAUUCACAGAAACGCAAAAGAAAAAUCCUAAUUUAAAUAUAAUAAAAGUACUGAUGGUCAAUGGUGCUUGUUUGUACAGUGUGAAAAAAGAUCAAUGUAAUAAUAAUUAUGAUGAAUUGAACAAGCUUGCAAGAAAAUCAAUAAACAUAAUUAUGAUGGAAGUACAUGACAUGCUAUUUGAUUUUUAUGAUAAUGAGCUUAACUUAAUCUCAAGAUUUCCAAGUAAAGGUGGAGAAUUUAAAAAAGGAAAUUCACAUGAAAGGGUUCUUUUGACAAACACAGGAGAUAAAAAGUACCAAAAUUUAGCUCAGGAACUAGAAGGAUUUAUAGUGAGGAGAAAACAAAACCAAGAGGAUGGGACCUUGGGUCGAGAGCAUACGCCAAUGUGGUCUAUGUUGUAUCGUAUUUGGGAUUUAUUAACUUUUUUGCAGACAAAAAGAAGUGCAGACUUUAAGGAAUACAAAAAAAUAGAUUAUGCAAUGUCAAAAUUCUGUGAUGUUUUAACAUAUGCAGCAGUAUUUAAUGAUGAGAGCAUAAUGCGUGAUUAUAUUAGUGAAGUUCAAGAGAAAAUGCAAAGUGAGUGUGAUAAAGAUAUUCUAGGUUUAUAUAGAAUAAUAACAGGGGAAACUUGGGCAGGAUGGUGGAAUAAAACACAAAAGUGGAAUGAAGUUAACGAUCAUUAUAAAGCGGGAAGUUGUCUUCAAAGGAUAAGAGAAGCAAUAGAAAACAGAUUAAACAUGGAAGAGAAUGACUACAGAAGAGCAAAUGAGCAAGAGAUAGAGCAAGAAAGACGAGAAAAAGAGCAAUAUAGGCAAGAAAAAGAGCAAGAAAGACGAGAAAAAGAGCAAUUUAAGCAAAAGAGUGAGCAAGAAAGACGAGAAAAAGAGCAAUUUAAGCAAA